AUGAAUAUUCGCUGUGCAAAACCAGAAGAUCUUAUGAAUAUGCAGCACUGCAAUCUACUAUGCCUACCAGAAAACUAUCAGAUGAAAUAUUACUUUUAUCAUGGUCUAAGUUGGCCCCAACUAAGUUAUGUAGCUGAAGAUGAAAAAGGCAACAUAGUUGGAUAUGUCCUAGCAAAAAUGGAAGAAGAUCAAGAAGAUCUCAAGCAUGGUCACAUAACUUCCCUGGCGGUGAAGCGAUCUCACAGACGAUUAGGGCUAGCCCAAAAACUGAUGGAUCAAGCUUCAGAAGCCAUGGUCGAAUGUUUUGACGCAAAAUACGUUUCGCUGCAUGUUCGUAAAAGCAAUCGCGCCGCUUUAAAUCUAUACAAAAACUCUUUGAAAUUUGAAACUGUGGAAAUCGAGCCAAAAUAUUAUGCAGAUGGUGAAGAUGCAUAUUCCAUGAGACGAGACUUAUCUGAAUUCGCUAAGAAAGUUAAACCUAAGUCUGAGACUAAAAACGAAGAAUAG